CGGUCGGGAUUAACAUCAAUCCAUGACACACAAGCCGACGUGCGAAACGGACUCAUCCUGUUUUUUUUUUUUUUUCCCCCCGUGUUGACAUGUUUACAUUUCCAGGACGGGCUUCCCUAUUCCUACUCUCCUUCCGCCUUCUCCUCAGAAAGCAUCAGUGGCCUUAAACUGAAUCACGCGUCGUCCCCUUCGGCCGCCCUCGGAGCCUCCCUCAUUCUCCUGUCCGCCCCCCACCAUCUCGCCCAGCUGUGGCCCUCGCAGUGCGCGACCGCUGGCUCUCACCUGGAAGGUCCUUGGCCUCAGGACGACUGCCAGCAGCGGCACCUUUCCUACAUGAGGGACAAGGCCACACAAACCCCCAGGGCCUGGGCAGAUGAGAGGAGGCGAGGCUCUCACAAGCGCUCGGCUUCCUGUGGGAGCACCGACCAGCUCAAGGAGAUCGCCAAGCUGCGGCAGCAACUCCAGCGCAGCAAGCGGAGCAGCCGUCAUCGGAGGGACAAAGAGCGCAAGUCGCCCUUCAAUGGCAGCCAUGCCAUCAUGCAGUCGCAGGUGGCCAUGCCCAAGACCAUCCUGAUCCCCAUCCCCAUCUCCAAGUCAUCCGCUCCUCGUUUCCGCAACAGCGUGGAGGGUCUCAACCAGGAGAUCGAACGCAUCAUCAUCCGAGACACGCCUGAGAAGGAUGAGACCAUUGUGCCCCAAGACGUUCCCGACGGGCACCGGGCGCCGCCGCCCGUCCCCCCGCAGCGCAGCAGCAGCACCCGCAGCAUCGACACGCAGACCCCGUCGGGGGGCGGCCUGAGCGGAAGCCACAGCAACAACGGCAGCCGCCCCGACUCCAUCUCGCCGUCCUACCUCACCGUCCUCAACGACGCGGUCGGCGGCAGCCCCUUUGACGACAAAGAGCUCGGUCCCUGCUCACCGCUGCCAAAAUACGCCGCCUCUCCGCGGCCCAACAACAGUUAUACGUUCAAGAGAGAACCUCCGGAGGGCUGCGAGAAAGUCAAAGUGUCUGAGGAGUCCCUGCCCAAAAGCCUGCAGGAGGUGCCCCCAUUCCUGUGUCCCGACCGCAACAAGGUCAACUUCAUCCCCAACAGCGGCUCGGCCUUCUGCCUCGUCAGCAUCCUCAAGCCCCUGCUCCCGGCCCCGGACCUUAACUUUCGCUCCGGGGUGGGCCUGCGCAGUCUGUCCCCGUCGCUGGUGCCUCUGUCCACCCAGCCCUGCCUCCUGGAGGAGCCGGAGAGCUUCUGACGAGCACCUUAAAAACACUUUCAAGCUCGAGAAAGGAGGAGAAGAAGAAGAAGAAGAAAGGGGGGGUGGGGGGGAGGAGAAAAAAAAAGGCCUUCUGCAUGCUCGCUCUCUGAUGUCUUUGUUCAAAAGACGCUUCCCACUGCCUCACCUUCUCAUUGCUGUCUUUUUGUUUUGAAAGGAAAAGGGCAGAAGCAUUUUUUUUUUCACCGUGUGAUAACAUGACGCCUUUCCACAGACAUAUCUUUUUUUUUUGUAUCUCUCGUUCUUUCUAUAUGAUAUGCCUUCCACUGCAAAAGGCCACGGUGCUGCCAGAUUGUAGCAAAACUUGAAGGGGUAAAAGUAAAAAGAAAAAAAAGACAAAAAAAAACGUGCCUGAUAUUUUCGAGGACUAUACUCCAUUUCCCAAAACUGAUGUAGCGCCUCCACCUUUUCCUUUCAAGAGACUAGGGGGCGCCGCCAAACUAAUUUGUACAUUUGUAUUUAAAGGCCAAAGGUAACUCAAAGCUGUGCCACCCCCCUUCCUUAUUUCACGUUUCUGGCUUGACAGUGGAUGUAAAAAAGUGGAGACACACACUGCUCGAAAGUAACGGUGACCCAUAAGCCCAUUCAUUUGACCUAUAACCUGUGCAACUCAAUAGAUUUUUUUUUUCUUCCCAAAGGCGGAUUAAAAAAAACUGAGACCAUGUGGGUUGCAAAAGUGUGCACACCCCAUAACUGAAAUAUGCUUGUGUGUAGAAUUGACCAAUCGCAUUGGAGUCACUGCUCACCUCUGGUUUGCGAAAGUGUGCACACCCCAUAACUGAAAUAUGCUUGUGUGUAGAAUUGACCAAUCGCAUUGGAGUCACUGCUCACCUCUGGGUUGCAAAAGUGUGCACACCCCAUAACUGAAAUAUGCUUGUGUGUAGAAUUGACCAAUCGCAUUGGAGUCACUGCUCACCUCCCAUCAUUUCAAGUGCCUCUGAUGAACCCCAAACAAAUUACAGCUGUUCUAGUUGUAGAAUAGCCCGACUGCUAUUUUAAACCAUACGCAAAAAAAAAAAAAUAUGUUUGGCUUACGCACAGCAUUGCUCAUCACUAAAAGGACGGCACAUUCACUGUGAAGAAUCGCCAUCAUGCCUUGGACUGUUUUUCUUCAGCUGGGAGCGUUUGCACAGAACCUCCAGGUGGCUCAUAGAAAGCCAACUAGAACAGCUUCACUGUAUUUGCGACACUUCAAAAUGGCGGCGUGUGUGUUGACUCCCAAUGAACAGGCAUUUUAAUGUUUUGAGUUGAUCCUAAAAACUACAUCCCCAGUUAGGACGUGAGUUAUGAAACACGUAUACACUUGUGCAAACACAUUUUAACUUGAAAUUACACCCCCCCCCCAAAAAAAAAUAUUUUGAUAUCAAUUGAGUUGUACAAGUUAAGGGGAGGCGGUUGGGGUUCCAAAAUGGUUCUUUGUGAUCUAAUUUUGAACAUCACCGAACGCUGGGUUUUGAACAGGGGUGUGUAGACUUUUGCUAUAACUCUACUUUCCCUGCCUACCUCCAGCCCAUUUCUCUCUGCUCGCGACAUCCGAGUCCAAAGAGUCCACCCACACUGCAUGAUGGCAGUGGUUACCAUGGCAACAACUCAAUGAACUGAUAUUGACAGGAUGUCUCCUGGGACGGUUGGCUAUCAUCAGCAAAUGGCUGCAGCCAUUGACCCCCCCCCCC